AAUUCCGUUAUUAAUGAAAUGACAAUAAAGCAUAUUCUAUUCUACUCUAUUCUAAAUAAUAAGUUUUAAUAUUUUUUGAUGUUCUUGACAUUUAAUUUCCGGCUCCUAAACUUGCUCACAAGCCCAUAAAACGACGUUUAGCAACGAAAAAAAUUAUAAAAUGAUACAAAAUUUCCAAAUCAGUAACUCAAUGGAUCACGUGACUCAGUGACGUUUCAAUUCCAAACAGAUGUAAGACGAACUGUAACAAAUCCUUCUGCCUUCAAAAUUAAAGCUGGCAGCAUCACUUUAAAAUACUCAGACUGUAUCUAACAAGUAAGGCAGCAAACAAAGAGUGCAUUAUUUUCCCCAGCAAUGUAAUAUGGACAAAUUGAACUAUUAGCUGUCUGUAGCUUCAUAACUCGAUGUUUUGUCGCUGAAAAUAAACACAGACGUUGUUUUAUUAUGGAGAUGGCAACAGGAAGCGCAGUGUGACAGUGGACGGUGACCAGCGGCAGCAGAGCACUGGACUCUCUGACUGUAAACACUUCAGGCCCGGUUUGUCGCCACAAACCCGGGAUGGCCCUGUGCUGAUGCGGACCGUAGGCUUAGUGCCGCUGUCGUCCCGCCGUGCCUUCGUGAGUCCUGACGGGCAGAGAGCCGCCGUCAUGGCCGCAGCGUCGCCCCGCUGCACAUCUGUCAGACUCCCCGCUCUGACCGCUGUGGUCCUGCUCCUCAUGUCGGCGACCACCGUGCAGUCCUCUCAAGGCGACAAGGAGCCGGUUUACCGAGACUGUGUGAAGCAGUGUGUCCGGACUAACUGCACCGGGGCUCGGCUGCGCGGCUUCCAGUCCGCCCAACCGCAGUACAUGGCGCUGACAGGUUGGACCUGCCGUGAUGACUGUCGCUAUCAGUGCAUGUGGACCACUGUGGGCCUUUACCAGGCUGAGGGGUACAGCGUCCCACAGUUCCAUGGCAAGUGGCCAUUUGCGCGUUUCCUGUGUUUCGAGGAGCCGGCUUCUGCGCUGGCCUCUCUGCUAAAUGGCCUGGCUUGCCUUCUCAUGCUGUUGCGCUAUCGGAGCACGGUGCCACGCCAGAGCCCCAUGUACCACACCAUCAACGCCUUCUCUCUGGUUUCUCUCAAUGCCUGGUUGUGGUCCACAGUGUUUCACACCCGGGACACCUAUCUCACUGAGAAAAUGGACUAUUUCUGUGCGACAGCAGUCAUUCUUUACUCAAUCUACCUGUGUUGUGUCAGGACUUUGGGUCUGAGGCGACCUGGGGUGUCCAGCAUGGUGGGAGUCCUGCUCAUCUUGGCCUUUACCUCGCACGUGUCAUACUUGACCUUUGUCAGUUUUGACUACGGCUACAACAUGGCUGCCAAUGCCACCAUCGGCAUGGUGAACCUCCUGUGGUGGCUGUGUUGGUGCUGGCAGAACCGGAGGACUCUGCCCUACUGGUGGAAGUGUGGCCUGGUGGUGCUGCUGCUUCACGGUCUGGCCCUGCUGGAGCUGCUGGACUUCCCUCCGCUGCUCUGGGUCUUAGAUGCUCACGCUGUUUGGCACCUCAGCACCAUCCCAGUGCACUUCCUUUUCUACAGUUUCCUGAUAGACGACAGCCUCUACUUACUAAACACAGAGAAGAUGGGUGUGAAAGUGGAGUAGCAGGAGCUCAUCGCCUCUUCACCAAGCCUACACCUGUGCACCUCUCCGAUCAGGGCAGCCGGACACCCGACCACGGAAGUAGCUCAGCCUCCCAGAUGACAUGCAUGACACACCACUAUGACUUUCAUCAGAGUAGACUUUGUUUACAUUUUUCUUUUUUUUUUUUUAAUUUUGUUGUAUUUAUUUGGGGGGAUAAUUUCUCUCUUUAAAAAAAAAUAAUGUCAUGGUUGAUGCUUGCUCUACUCAGCCUCGUACUGACUCACAUGUGUGCUACCGUUCUGUUGCUGUUCAUCACAACCGCAAGGCAAAAUGAAGGAACAAAAGUUUCGCUUUCCACCCAGCUUUUGACUUCCAGCUGUGAUCAGAGUCGUGUCCUGUUCCUCGAGGCUCGUACGCAUCUGAAAUUGACUCCCCGAAACCCGUAAUUUGACUUUUCUCACCAGCCUCAUGGACGUCCAACAAGGCUUAGCUGCGCACGAAUAGCACUUUGCCGCGGCUGACAAUAGAUGGCACCAAAUCCUCGGCCAGGCCGUCGUAACUCUACCCGGUGUGGUUCAACAUGUGUCAUCUGUGCCAAAAGUGGACUGGCAGACACAGAGAGGUGCCCCCUGUGAAGAGGCCUGCCAGCUGAUUGUUCUAGAGAGAAAGGGGGAAGGGGGGUUUAUGCUGGAGGCCAUUCUAGCUGACUGGGUUUUUUUUUUUCUCUUUUCUCACCAUCACACCUUUACUUUUUGUGCCUCUCGUUUCCACUGCUGCUUUUGUCUGUGAUUCUUCGUUAUCAUUCUGUUUGCUUUUAUUUUCAUUUCAAUCAUCUGCCUUAGUUGUUUUUAAUAAUUUGUCGUUGACCAAUUUUGUGCAUUAAUCUGACUUUGGUUACUUGAUUUUGAAUUUUGGUAGGAAAUGCCUGAUGAUCAUACGGUUGGAAAUGUUAUUUUUAAUCACCUGGAUUGCCUUUUAGUGUGAGGAAUGAAUGCGGUAGGGAGGAUAAGCAAUGCAACAAGAAGAUGCAGCAGUCAGGGUGUCUUUUGUUUUGGUUUUUUACAUCAAGUUUCUAAUGAAUUUUGCGGUUAGAUUAGGGGGUGUGAGUGAGUGAGUGUGUGUGUUCUGGUGUUAGUUUUCUGCACAUUAUUUUCAAUUUGGUUGCAUUUCUUGCUGCAGUAUUCCCCAAAAUCACACACACACACACUACACCAGCUGCUUUAAAGAAAACCGCUCCAUCAUGUAAAUUAUUCAUUUCCCUCCAUGUCGGCCUUUCACACCACAUGAGCUUGUUUUUAAUUAUUUUGUAUCAAAUCGUUAUUAUUUUUUGUCUCCCUCUCAUAGUCAACACCAGUUCAUUCCGUGCAUGUCUUCAUCCCUCAGAGCUUCCCUUCCAUAUGUGCACUUUACGAGUGUGUGUACAUUUACGUGCGUUUUUUUUUGUGUGUGUUUGAAAUUCUGCCCAUGCCUUUGUACUUCGGUGUGAGAAUGUGAACAAUGACCAGUAUCUGUGUGUACACGUUGCCUUGACUCGACAUUGUGUUUUUUGUUGUUUUUUUUGCCAUCACAAACUGAAUCACUGUGGCUGAGAGAGGGCGCUGGAAUGUGCUCGAUCCUUCUGUAAAAGAUGUGAGAGAGAGUGCGUGCAUAUAUACAUAUAUAUAUAUAUAUGUUGGGGGUUUGCUGCGAGACUGACUGUGUGUGAGAUGAUGGGUAAAUUUAGCUUUGCUGACAGCCUAUGAUGGGGGUGGGGGAAGACAGAGGAUGGAAGACAUGGAGGUCAUAGGUUUGGGUGGCAGAGAGAUCCCUGAACUCAUGGCAGAGAUAUUGGGAUUGUCAAUUUAAAAACACUAUAUAUAUAUAUAUAUAUAUGUAUAUAUAUGUAUAUAUAUAUAUAUACAUAUAAUAUAUUAAUUGUUAUUGAACAAAAUAGUUUGUAUUCUCAGAUGUAGUAAUGUUUAAUAAGCACUGACAUUCCUGACACGGUGUAUUGGCCCUAUUCAGACAAUACACACACACUUCUAAGUGGAUAAAACAAUAACUGAUCAUUUGAAAAACUCUCCAACAGCAUUUAUCAUUGUGGAUUCAAAUCCAAAAGCCCCACGUAUUGUCCACCGAUUAGAAAAUCACUUCACUGGUAUCUGUCUCAGUUGUAAUAGGUUGAAGAUUACCUACAGGAUUAGCAUAAGACAAUGUCCAGUUUUUGCUCUGUAAAUCACUCCAGUGUUCAUUUCCUUCUUCCUGCCAGUAACCUCAUCCCUCUUAUUCCGUCACCCAUCUGCUGCCCCCUGCCUGCUGCCCUGUGCACCGUCACCUCUCCUACCGAGUGCACUGUCCUCCUCUUCACCAUCUAAUAUCUGACCAAAAAAAAAAAUCUUCAGAAACGGAAUAAAUAAAAGUGUUCUUUGUUGAUAAGGAA